GAUGAUGAUGAUGAGAAAGAAGACGGAGACGAAGAAGGGGACAAUUUGAGGGAUAAGGAUUUCCCGUUUAUCGGAUACACCUAUGUUAAUAAACUAUUAGAAGGACCAUCAAGGGAAGCCCAGGGUGAGCAAAAGACAGAGCAACAGCAAAAUGGGGAUCAGUCAGAGGAUUGCACACGAGAAAUGAAUGAACUCAAACAGCAAGUGUCCAUAUUACAAGACGAAAAUGAAAAACUAUCAACAAAGUGCGAGACGAGCAUAUGUAAAAUGAGCGCACUCAAUGAACACAUUUCUCAUCUAGAGCAAAAACUGACAGUUCAUCAGGAAGAAAGUUUAAAGGACACGAAAAGACAACUCGAGAGGAUAAAAGCACUAGAAGACGAGCUUUCAGCACGUGAGAAAGAAUCUCAGCAGAUGAUGACAAAAUACAAGCAGAAAUUGGAAAGAGAGUAUCAGCAAAACAGUCAAGCUAUUACACAAAAAUUAGAUGAUCAUAUGCAAUAUCUACGGAUGAUGGAGUCAGAGAAUCUUAAGUUGAAGUCUGAAAACGAUGCACAAAAAGCACGUAUCGCGUCUCUUGAGAAGGAAUUGAUAGAUGCAACAACUCAUAACGAAAUGUCACAUAUUCAAUUGGAAGAAAGAUAUGAUGCCAAAUUAAAAGCACAGGAACAAGAAUAUCAGGCAAAUGUUCAGCAGCUUCAUCUGGAAUUGAAUAGUCUACAGCAAAAGCUACAGGAAAUGCAGCAGGAGAACCAAAAUAGAUCUUGUCAGGAUGAGCUUUCAAACAACAAGUCCAAAAUACUCUCAGUCAUGUGGCAACGCGAUAGAGACCAUCUACAUAGUGUCCAACAAACACUGGCAGACACCGAGAGCAACCUUGCAGCAGCCAAGCGAGAAGUUGCUCGCUUAAAGAAAGAGAUCAAGUACUAUCAGAUGAAUAUCCUUCAUAAAGAAAAGAAGUUAUAUUUUCCAAUGGAAGUCAACGAUGAUGUUUCGAUGAUCCCGAAUCUUAUAGAUAGCAUCAAAGCACCCAUGACCAGAAGACGAAAGCGAAUAAAUUUAUCAGCAAGCUUGAGCAAUUUAUCUUCACUUGCCACAAGAGAUAUUUCCAGUGACCAUAAAAUGAACAGCAUAAAGUCAAGUAUAAAUGAUAAACAGGUGAAAGAAAUUGAAAGUCAGAUCAAGAUAGAAAAGGAAUUUAUCGCAAGUACACAGCGUGCGCUAACUGCCCGUGCAAGGCUGUCGAGAGUGAAGACUGAAUUUGACCAAGAAUUACAUGAGUCUAUUGCCAAAUCUAAUGCAAAGAUAUUGAAUCUCCAGGAAAAGCUUAAACAGCUCAAGGAUGAUAUCAACUGUAAAUAAAGGUUUGAUUAAAUGUAAAUAAUAAAGUCGCAUUAUUGUGUGAUACACAUUCUAGGCGUUGGUCCCUGAAUCCUAGUGAUAGACAUUGAUAUCAGAGCAUACAUGAUGUCAUCUUUUGCAUGACAAUACCAAUUAUGCUUCACGAGAAAUAAAAGGGG